GAGACGGCGGCGCUGAACGGAAGUUUAGUUUUGCCCCAUAAACAUGAAUGCAACAUCACCACGUAACGUUCACCCGGGAAAAAAGCGCUCCUUUACAAAACUACGCGAAACCAAGUUUCCACGCUGCCGGAUCUAAAGACCUGUUAGUUGCACGUGAAGGACCAUGGGCAGCUACAGUGACUCCACCAGCGACCUGGAUGAGGAGCUGCCUGUGUUCGACUUCCUCCACCGGGCCUCCCAGAGCCGACGCGGGAGACCGGAUGCGGACGCCGCGGCCUCUGCGGCGAAGGGCCAGGCGGGCGCUCGCCCGAGGGCCGCUGGCGUGAUGACGAUCAGCAGCGAUUCCGAUGACGAUCCUUACGUCCCUUUGGCGCAGAGACUCCAGCAGAGGCGAGACGACGCGAUCGGCGCCGCCUCCUCCGCCGUCAGCAACGGGGAAGAUGCUGAGCGCCGCUCGCCAUCCGAUCCGGUCCGCGCGCAGCUCCUCCGCCAGAACGGCAAUCCACAGCCAGAGCGCCCGCCCGGCCUCCGUGGGGAGAGCGCGGUGAGUCACAGCGGCUCAUCUGGCGACCCGGAUGGGGCGGAUCUCCCCCGGCGACGGCAGCAUCCCGACGCCUCUCCUGCCAGGAGGAAACCCUCCACGCGGACGGAGGAGGAGGAGGAGGUGCAGGCCUCUCGGGAGGAGGCGCAGCGCAGGAGGCAGGCCGGGGAGGGGCAGCAGAGGGGCAAGGAGGCCCUGAGGCAGGAACAAGAGCGACAGAAAGCCGAGAGGAAAGCUCUGGCGGCGGCGGCCAAGGCCCUGAGGCCCGAGGAGUGCAUCAAGCACAUGGUGGUGGCCGUGGACCCGGCCCUCUUACAGCUGGAGGGAGGCGGCACUCUGCUGGCGGCGCUGCAGGCCCUCGGCUGCAGCUGCGCCGUCGAGAAACAAGCCGUCCCGCGCAGCGUCAGCUGGAUGAGGAGGGCCCCCUGUGCACAGCCAGGCGGCGGCGGCGGGGGGGCAGCAGCGUGCGUGCCGGAGGCCCACGUGGUGAUGCAGAUCACGGUUGACGACUUCAUCACUCUGGUCCACGGCUACGUUCAGGAGGAGGGGCGUGGCCUCUGCGGCUCCGGCCCCACCCUGACGUCCUGGGUGCAGCAGCAGCAGAGGCGCCACGUCGGUAAGCUCCUCAGCCUGGCCGUCGUCGAGCUGGAGAACCACUUCAGGUCCCAGAAGUCUCGGAGCCAGAAGCGCCUCCGGCAGGCGCUCGGCGGCGAGGAGCGAGGGGCGGGGAAAGGGAGGAAGAGGAAGAAGAGCGGCGGGGACGAGACGCGACCAGAGGUGUCGCGGGUGGAUGUGGAGGAGGGGGGGGGGCAUUUCCAGGUGCACACGGGGGUAGCCAUCCGAUUCCUGCCCACUGGGAAGAACUUCGGCCAUCACAUCGCCAUAAGGACAAGAGCGGUGGCGGAAGCCCCUUUAAAGCGAGAGAGGGAGAAGACAGGCUUCUCGUUCCACCUGGACGGCGAGUGGGCGGGGGGGCAGCGGUCGGACAAAGCCGGGAAGGGACUCCUGCAGGUGUGGAAGAGACAGAUCCAGCAGCUGAACAGGGUCAGUCCGGACAUGGCCGAGGCCGUCCUGGCAGCGUACCCCUCCCCCCAGCUGCUCGCCCAGGCCUACAAUCUAUGCGAGAGCGACGGCGAGCGUCUCGCCCUGCUGUCCGACCUGGUGAUCCGCCGAGGAGAGGGCGUCACGUCGACGACUCGCCGCGUGGGCCCCGAGCUCUCCAAGCGCCUCUUCCUGCUCAUGAGCUCCCGCGAGCCUCAGCGGACGCUGGACUCCGUCUGACCUCACGCCAUGGCGCAGUUUUAAACUAUGUAAUUAGAGUCUCAGGUCUACAUCAGGUCUCCAUAUGUAUGAAUAUUAAACAGCUUUAUUUUAACGCUGAAA